AUGUUAUAUUGUCAUGAAGAUCAAGUUCAUAUUUGUACACAAAAUCGAAUUUAUCAAGCGACAUUAACCGUGUCUAAUACAAAGGAACAAGAGAAAAAGAUUACAACGGCUUAUUCACCCUUCUCAUUCUUUGACGAUUCAACACAAACAACAUGUCCAGCUCUAAGCAUACCGGAAUCCCUGUUCAACCAGGAAGCGAUAGAUUUGCUGCAAUACCCGACGAGAUUAGCUGCGUCUUCAGAUUUGGUACACAGCUCCGACGGGUCACUUAUAAGUGUCUUUAAUAGUGAAUCUACUCCUUCGGCAUCGUCGACUUAUACAAACCUUGAACCAUCAUUAGAUCUACCUAUCGGCGAUACCUCAUUUAUUCAACAAAUUCUUGAUAAUACUACAUUAACAACUCCGAUACCUAACUUUGAAUUUGAUAGUGAUUUAUUUGAUAAUAUUCCGGACGAUUCUGUAACAUUUGAUCAACUUCUUGAUUUUGACCCUACAAUGACGAUUCAAACACUUACUGAUGUUCCUAUGGAACAA